AUGGCUUCUCCAGAUCCGAGUCUCGGGCAGGGCAACGCCGACAUCGUUGACGCGGUCCCGAAUGGAGAGUCAGCCGCCCACAGUGGGCGACCUUCAAACCCGCUGACUGCACUGUCGCUUUCGACGCGGGCGCUCUGGCAGCGGGUGCAGCUGCAGUAUUUGCAAGAGCGCGAAACAGGUGCCUGGGUUAACCUCUCCUACAUUUUUUCAGGGUAUAGGUCUUCGGAGUUCUUCCAGAACCUUUCGCACUUUUUCUUAGGCGUUUUCGUGGUGGUCUCGUUUGCAACAAUCUAUGAAGCGUACUAUUCGGCCCCAGCGCUGAGUCUUCUCGGCGGUAAGUACCAGUACAACGUCAUCGAACUGGCGAUAACGUUCCUGUUUCUCAUUUUGAGUGGCGUGGUAUAUCUCACAUGGCGCAGAAAGCCCGUCUACCUGCUUGAUUUUGCGACGUUCAUUCCGCCUGAGCGACUCAAAGUCUCCAAGGAGACUUUCCUGCGGCUUACUGAGGAGGCCAACUGCUUCACCCCAGAAUCAAUCGAGUUCCAGAAAAGGCUUCUGGAGCGAGCUAGCGUUGGCGACUGUACCUACUUCCCCGAAGCCAUGUUCCGGGCGAAAGAGAUUGGAGCAAAUGGCGGUCGCGGUGAUCGCGUUCUCAAUAUGGCUAGCGCUCGCAGAGAGGCGGAAAUGGUCCUUUUCACUACUGUUGGGGAACUGCUCCGCAGCACCAAAACAAAUCCAAAAGCCAUUGACAUACUCAUCGUGAACUGCUCCCUUUUCAACCCCACGCCGUCUCUAACGUCCAUGAUUGUGAACCAUUUCAAAAUGAAGUCCAGUAUUCUGACAUACAAUCUUUCAGGAAUGGGGUGCAGCGCUGGCUUGAUUUCCAUCGAUCUCGCCAAGGACUUGCUCCAAUGCCACCGGAAUGCUCUCUGUUUGGUCGUGAGUACUGAGAAUAUAACACAGAAUUGGUAUUUGGGACAGGAGCGCAGCAUGCUCAUAACAAAUACGCUGUUUCGGCUCGGCGGAGCGGCCGUGCUCCUAAGUAAUCGGCUCAGUGAUUCUAGGCGAGCCAAGUAUGCCCUUUUGCACACUGUCCGGACGCACCGGGGCGCCGAUGAUCUAGCAUACCGUUGUAUCUUCCAGGAGGAAGAUGAGAAGGGGAUUCGGGGCGUCCGAUUAUCCAAACACAUCAUGGAGAUCGCCGGCGAGACGCUGCGAGAGAACAUCUUUCGGUUGGGGCCGCUUGUUUUCCCGCUAGACGUCCACAUUCGAUUCUUUGUGAAUUUAGCGCGCCGAAGGUAUUUGGGUCAGAAGCACGUCAAGUCGUACGUUCCGGACUUUCACAGAGCAUUCGAACACUUUUGCAUUCACACUGGCGGUCGAGCUGUCAUCGAUACGAUCGAGGCGUCUCUCAGACUGACUCCAGAGGAUGUAGAACCCAGUCGGUACGCGCUGUAUCGUUUCGGGAACACAUCAUCCGCAUCUAUAUGGUAUGAACUCCAAUUCAUCGAGCGUUCAGGAAAGAUGCGCCGGGGAGACAGAACCUGGCAAAUUGCUUUCGGGAGCGGCUUCAAGUGCAACUCUGCUGUCUGGAAAUGCUUGCGCAAUAUUUCGGAACGUGAGGUAGCUGCUGAAGCCGUGGGAACGUAG